GCGCCGACGCGAAGCCGCUUCUCGAGCAGGUUACCUGCGCUUCCUAGAGCAGGUUACCUGCGCUUCUCGAGCAGGUUACCUGCGCUUCUCGAGCAGGUUACCUGCGCUUCCUAGAGCAGGUUACCUGCGCUUCUCGAGCAGGUUACCUGCGCUUCUCUACACUUUGUGUGAGUGUCCGUUAAACGUGUAUUGUGACUCCUGCUGGUUGUCAGCUCGUCGCCAUGGAUACCUCUGGAUAGCCUUAUAUUUUGCAUCCGGGUCAUUCAGCUUCACACUUAACUAUAAAUCUCGACGUUAACGUUUAGCUAGCUUAGCAUUUUGUGGUCCGAAUGUUAGCUCGACGUAACGUCCCCCGGUAACGUAACGCAACGUCCCUCCUUUACGUAACGUAAGAACGCAGUUUCCACUCGUUUAGUCUCGCUAUAACAUCUCUACCAACGCGCCAAGAUGCCCGCGGCUCUCGAGUGGGACAAAGUGACCCGGAUCGACCCGGCGAGCCUCUUCGAAUAUGACAAAACCCAAAUGGAGGAGGUCGUCAACAUGCUUGUUUGGACAGAAGAAUGGGAGGUGAAGAAUAAAACCCCAGAGGACAUUACUCAAGUCCUCCGAUUGCUUCAGACCCUGUUGAAGAUCAGAGACCGAGAAGCUGCUUUCAGCACCGCCCUCCUGGAGCAGGCGGGCGAGGAGCACGGGAAAGUGGAGAAUGAGCUCCUCACACAGGUGACCAGGCUGCAGCAAGAGCUCAAGCUCAGCGGCGGCAAAGGGCCAGACACCCACUUCCUCCGGGAGGAGAUCCGUCAGCUGGAGAGCCAGCUGGCGCAGAGGGAGAAGGAGCUGAGCCGCCUCCAGAGGGAGAUGGGCAAAGACAAGCAGAGCAGCGAGGAGCUGGCUGCACGAGCGAUGGAGGCCAAGGAGGAGGCCAAGAGGCUGAAGAGAGAGCUCAACCAGCUUAAGAAGAAGAACGAGCAGCUCCAGCAGGACGUGGACUUCUACCGCGGAGAGCUGGAGCAGAAGGAGCCGCCGCCCUCCAGAGACCAGAGCGCCGAGGCCCAGAGGAAGCUCAGCGCGGCCCACCGGCAGCUCUACCAGGCCCUGGAGGACCUGCAGCGAGCCGAGGAGCAGAGCGCCCACCUGGAGACGCAGAACCAGCAGCUGCAGAGCGGCCUGGAGGAGUCGGUGAGGGACAUGGACAAGAUGACGGGCGAGUACAACACCAUGAAGAUCGUGGUGCAGCAGACGGACGCCAUCAUGGACCAGCUCCGCAAGGACCGGGACCUGGCCCGGCUGCAGGUCAGAGAGCUGAUGGAGAAGGUCCACAGCGCUGCUGAGGAAGAUGACUCCAUAAUGGCCGCCGUCAACACCAAAGUGGAUCAGUGGAAGGCGGCGCUCUCGGUGAAGGACGAGGAGAUCUGCUUGUACCAGCAGAUGAUCCGGGACCAGAGGGAGAAGCUGCGCUCGGCCCAGCUGGACCAGGACCGGAGCAGCAGCAUGGCCCUGCAGCAGGUCAUAUUUGAGCUCUGCAGUGCCGUGCAGGAGAGGGACGAUCAGAUCCAGGUGCUGAGCGCGGAGCUGGAGCAGUACACGGGGGAGAUGGAGAAGCACACGCUGCUCAUCCAGGAGCUGAGGACCACCAAGAAGGACCGAGGCCUCCCGUCCUCCCUGCAGCAGAGGAAGGUGGAGCAGCUGGAGGCCCAGCUGGAGGCGGCGGAGGCGAGGGCGGCGGAGGCGACGCGCAUGGCGGAGCUCGCCGAGGCUCACGCCGAGGAGAAGGACAAGGAGCUCAUGGAGGCCUCGGGCCGCCUGAGAGGAUACGAGGAGGGCACUUAUGGGCUGGAAGCCGCCAUCGCAGAGAUCAAAGGCUGCAAACACGAGCUGUGGGCGAGGGAGCUGGAGGCCCGGGCCGCCACCAAGGAGACCAACCGGCUGGAGAGCGCCGCCUCGGACCUCCAGGACCAGAACCAGGCCUUCAGAGAGCAGCUGGGUGGGUGGCGUGUCUCUCUCCUCCUGACCUGUGACCUGAACCAGUCUGUCUCUGCAGGGCUGGGCCCCCAGCAGGAAGUGGACCUCAGCGCCUUCAGGAGGGAGAAGGACCGCCGGCAGAGGAGCUACCGGGCUGAGAACCAGGUCCUCACCAAGGAGGUACACAUCGGCCUCCUCCUCAUCCUCCUCCUCCUCCUCCUCUUCAGACUUUCUCCCCGUGGUUUCCAGAUAGAGCGCCUUGAAGAAGAGAGGCUGGAGCUGAAGCAGCAGGUCCGGCGCAUGGUGAAGGAACGAGAGCCGAGGGGGGACGUCAGGCCGGCUUCAGCGGAGGACAGCACGCGCUCACACGGAGAGAGCCGCCGCAGGAACGAGCACCUGGAGAAGCAGCUGAGCGACAAGCAGAGAGAGCUGGAGCUCCACAGGAGCCAGGAGCACACGGAGCUGGAAGAGCUGUCCAAGGUGAAGCACGACCUGGAGGGCGCCCUGAGGGACGUCCUUCGAGCCUUGAGGGCCAAUCAGGACCUCCCGCCACCCGCCAUCGAUAUGCACAGCCUGGAGAGGCUGGCCAAUGUGGUGGAUGUCGGCGCCGCCAGCGGGCGGUCCACGCCGCACCUCGCCGCCCAAAUCCAUCAGCUGCUGGGCCAGAACGAGGAGCUGAGGCGGGAGCUGCGGUCGGCCCGGCAGGAAGCCGCUGCCGCCGCCACGGAAAAGGUGACUCCACUGGAAGGCCCGUUGGAGGCGUGGAGGAGGCCAGGCAGCCUGGGAGUUGUCCCGCGACCUUCGACCCUCCCCGAGGGCCCGGAGCCCGGCGGCUCUCUGGAGGAGUACGCCGUGCGACUCCUCCAGGAGCUCAGCAACAAGGAGCAGCAGAGCAGCCGGCUCACCGCCGCGCUGGAGCAGCUCAAGAUGCAGCUCUCCGUCAGCAGCCACCAGCAGGGGCUGCUCUACAAGGACUACCUCAGCGAGAAGACGGAGUGGCAGAAGGAGAAGGAGGCGUUCAAAGACCUGAGGAGGAAGCUGGAGGAGCAGCAGCAGGUGGACGCUGUGAAGAUCCAGGAGUUCAACGAGCUGCUGGCGGCGCUGCAGGAGGCCCCGGAGGAGGCGCGGCGCCGUCUGGGGGAGGCGCUGCGCUCGGCCACGCUGCUGAAGGUGAACGAGGCGAGGCUGCGGCGGCGCCACGGCGCCCUGCUGGAGGGAGAGCGCCGCCUCCGCUCAGAGAACGCCACGCUGAGGGAGGAGAGCAGCCGGGUGGAGGCCGCCGUCACCCAGAGGACGGGCGCACUGCAGAGACACAAGGACAUGGCGGCCUAUCGGAUGGCGGCGCUGCAGAAGGCCUUGGACCGCAGCGUGCCCCACGCCGCCCUGGAGGCGGCCAACAGGCAGUACGCGGAGCUCACGGGGCGCUACAGGGAGCUGCUGCAGGGCGGCGGCCGCGCGCAGGGCACCGCCCACCUCCUGGAGAAGGAGAACGAGUCUUUUCGGGAGCAGAUCUCGGCCACCAAUAAAGAACUGGAGACGACGAAGGAGAAGCUGAACACGCUGGAGCAGGCGUGGAGCAGCAGCCAUGCCACCGCCGGUGAGAACAACAUGGACAAGGCGGGCAAGGCGCUGGCCAAUGAGGAGGUGGCGUCCGCCGCCCGGCGCCUCACCUCUCUGGAGAUGAAGGAGCUGAACGAGAGGCAGCGGGCGGAGCACGCCAUGCGCAUGCACCAGCACAGCAGGAGCGCCCUGGAGAGGGCGGAGCAGCGCAGCGCGGAGCUGGAGGCCAACGUCACGGAGCUGACCCAGGUGGUCGUGGAGGCGCAGCAGGUGGAGCAGCAGCUGAGAGACGAGCUGGCGGGCGGCGGCGGCGUGCUGAGCGAGGCCGAGCGGGCCAGGAUCGCCGAGCUGGAGAAGAGCGAGGCGGAGCUCUGCUGGGAGGUCUCACAAAGAAAAUCCAAAAAGAAAGGACUCCUCCUGUGGGAGUUUGAUGCCAUGUGUGGCUCCAGGCUCCAGGAGGUGUCCCAUGUGGCCGUGAUGCAGGCGUCGGCUCUGCAGGCCGGACAGCAGGCCAGAGACGAGGAGCUGGAAGCUCUGAGGGGACAGACACUGGACUACCAGUCGCACUCGGACGAGAAGGCCCUCAUCGGCGAGCUCCACCGGCAGGUCGUGGCGCUGCGGCUCGGCGAGGCGGCGUCUCUGGCCGAGCGGGAGGCGGCGGCCUCUCGCGGGCGGCAGCUGGAGGCCGGCCGGCUGCGCGGCGAGCAGCGGCAGGACGCCGCCGAGCGCGCCCUGUUCCUCGCCCGCCAGGAGGCCGGCAACAGCCGGCGCCGCCUGCGGCAGAGCGUCCAGGCGCUGCGGCGGCAGCUGGCCGGAGCGCUGCCGCUCCGCCGGCUGGAGAAGUUCUCCCUGGCCGCGGCGAGCCUCCAGGAGGACCGGGCCAGAGCCCGGGAGGAGAAGAGGAGCGCCGAGGAGGAGAGCAGGAGGGCGGAGGGCCGGGCCGAGGAGCUGGAGCUGAGGCUGCGAGGCCUGGAGGAGCUCCUCUCCACGCUGAAGGACGCCACGGGGGCCCACAAGGUCACCGAGUGGCACCGCAAGAUGGAGGAGGCUCGUCUGCAGGAGCUGAGGAAGGGGAGGGAGCUGCUGGUCCAGAGGGAGGAGAUCCGCUACCUGAAGAGCCUGGUGGAGGAGCAGGAGAGCAGCAUCCGCCAGCUGGAGGAGGAGACGGUGCAGCUCGACACGCUUCAGGAAGAGCGUGAGCUGGCGUUUGACCAGAGAGAAGUGGGUCUGGAGCUCCAGCUGGACCAGUACCAGCAGCAGCAGAACCGGGUCCUGAGCGCUGCGGAGCAGCGUGACGGAGGCCCGGCAGCCCGACCCGACCCCGGCCUGCCUCUGGACCGGCAGCUGGACCUGGCUCUGGCUCAGACCGCAGAGCACGGCCGCACCGCCAGGGACACGCAGGCCACCUGCAGCCACCUGCACCAGAAGCUGAAGGAGAAGGAGGCGUCUCUGUGGAAGGCGGAGCAGAACGUGGUGUCCAGGGACCGGGUGAUCAACGAGCUGAGGCUGAGGCUGCCGGCCUCGGCCGACAGGGAGCGGCUGCUCGCCGACCUCCAGGAGGGCCGGGCGGAGCGCCCCCCCCCCACGGCGCUCGCCCACCAGACCAUCAAAGACCUCCAGGGGAGACUCGGCCAGAAGGAGGACGUGCUGAAGAAAUACCGGCGGCAGCUGACUCAGGCCAGACAGGACCAGGAGGAGCUGAUCCAGAGGCACCAGGAGGAGCUGAGAGCGCUGCACCACAAGCUGGACCUGCACACGGACUCCUCCCUGGACCGCUUCAAGCAGACGGCCAUGGAGCUGAUGAGGAAGCCGGCCAUCCGGCCUCCGUCGGCCGCCGCCGCCCAGCAGCUGCAGCGAUUGGCCGAGCUGCAGCAGACGCUGGCCGAGCAGGACGAGUCGCUGGAGGCCGCCUCCCACAAGCUGAGGUUGGCCACCGCAGAGCUGGAGCGCCAGAGGGUCGCCACGGCAACGCUGGCCAGGAGGCACGGCGACGAGACGGCCAGGCUGGAGGAGCGCCACGCCGCCCGGCUGGCCGUUCUGGCCGCCCAGACGGAGGAGCAGGCGGGCUGCGCGGCGCGGGCGGAGGAGGCGGCGGGCGAGCUGCGGGCGGCGCUGGCGGCCCAGACAGAGGCCAGCGGGCGCUCGCCCAGCAGCGCCAUGAAGCAGCUGGUGGAGCGGCUGAAGGCGCAGCUGGGCCACAAGGAGAAGCAGCUCAAGGCGCUCAGCAGGGCGCUGCUGGAGCUGCGGGCCGACAUGACGGCGGCCGCGGAGCAGCAGGUCGUCACCGGCGCCGCGCAGAGGGAGGAGAGCCUCAACCUGCAGGCGCUGCUGGACCGCCACACCCGAGAGCUCAAGCUGCGGGUGCAGGAGCUCAGCGAGGAGCUCCAGGCGGCGAAGGAGUUCCCCAGAGCCGCCCGAGGCCGGGAGAGCGCCCUGAAGGAGGAGGCGCAGCGCCUGGACCAGGAGCUGCAGAGCAGCCUGAAGGCCCAGAGGCGCCUGCAGGCCGAGCGGGAGGAGGCGCAGCAGGAGGUCCGGGAGCUGCGGCAGCAGGUCCAGAGGCUCAGCGGCGCCCUGCAGAACCAACCGGACCCGGACGGGAGGGGCCGGCGCCCGGAGGCCGAGCCGGAGGAGCGGGCCGACCGCAGAAGCCUCAAGGACGACCCCGAAAAGGUCAAAGCCCAGCUGCUGCGCUGGGAGGAGGGCAAGAAGUGGCAGGCCAAGAUGGAAAAGGUGCGGAGCGCCCUGAAGGAGAAGGAGCGGGAGAACCAGGCCCUGAGCCAGCAGCUGGCCACGCUGAGGGACCUCCAAGCCAGGCUGGAGCAGGAGAAGAGCGCCCUCCAGAGGAAGGUGAGGGGUCGCGGCGUGACCUCCGACCAGGUGGUGGGGGCUAGGUGCAGCGACCUGGAGGCGGAGCUAGAGGAGCUGAGGGACAAGAACUCUGAGCUGGAGGCGCUCGUCCUCAACAUCAAGCAGCGCCAGGCGUUACCGCGUGACGCCGCCCUGGAGAGUCUGACCCUGAGGAACCGCCUCCUGGAGGAGAGACUCCACUCGGAGGGCCAGACCCCCAAAGAGCCGGCCUCCAGACCCUCGACUUCGGGGCGAGGCGCCGGCCCGCCGGCCCAGAGGGACCAGGACCUCCACAAAGAGAACCUCAAACUGGCCUCCGAGAACUUGGAGCUGCGCUUCCAGCUGGAGCAGAGCGACAGAGACCUGCCGAGGCUAACGAAUCAAGUAGCAGACCUGAAGGAGAUGUGCGGCGCGUUGAAGAAGGAACGAGUGGAGGUGGAGAAGAAGCUGACGCACAUACGUGGAGCCGGUCACAGCGGCAAGACGGUGCCGGAGCUGGAGAAGACCGUGGGCUUGAUGAAGAAGGUGGUGGAGCGUCUGCAGAGGGAGAACGAGGCGCUCAAGAAACACGACGCUCACGCCACGAGAGACACGGCGCUGGAGCAGGAACACGCCAAACUAAAGGGCGACUAUGAGCGACUGAAGAGCCAGAGUGAAGCCGAGCUGAGCUCCAGGCUGGAGUGUCAGACCAGAGCGCUGGAGAACCAGCGUCUGCGUCAGGAAGUGGACGCUGCCCAACGGCUAAGGGAGACCAAGGCGAGCGCCGAGGUGACCAACGAGAAGCUGGAGGCGGAGCUGGAGCAGACCAAGCGGAGGCUGCGGGACGCUCUGGCCACGCCCCUCGCCGAAGGAGUGAGCGGCAAGACCCGGAAGGGCUCCGUGGUGACCCGGAUGUUUGAGAACAAGAUGAAGGAGCUGGAGAAGGAGCUCUCCAUGAAGACCAGCAGCCUGGGGGACCUCCAGAAGGAGCUGAAGGAGUCCGAGGAGAGCGCUCGGGUGAGCGUCCGGCUGCUAGAGGAUCAGGACAAACUUCAGGCGGAGGUGAAGAAGCUGAAGGCGGAGCUGCAGAACUUCGACCCCACGUUCUUCGACGAGGUGGAAGACCUAAAGUACAACUACAGGGCGGAGGUGAAGAAGAACAUCCUGCUGGAGGAGCGGCUGAGGAAGGUGUGCCACCAGUUCGGAGUGAGAGACCAACGGCCCGACUCACCCGCCAGCUAACGGUUACUGUCCCUUUAAGAGGGAGUCAUGGGCUACUGCUCAGCGUGUGUGAGAACCUAGUUUUAUACGAACAUGACAAUAAAGUGUUGAGUAGACAUCA